AUGGAACGAGGCCACGCCUUGAAAGAGGCUGUUCUGGAAGGAAAUUCAGACCGAGUAAAACAAUUACUUGCAUUAAAUAUUUAUGAUGUAAAUGAACAAAGUCGUUCUUCGGGGAAGACGGUUCUUCAUAUUGCAGCAAUCCGAGGAUUUUCAGAAAUAAUUGAUAUUUUAUUGACCAUUGGAGGAGCAGACCCCACAAUAACUGACCGAAAUGGUAAUACUCCGCUCCACUGGUGUGGACAUGUCGAAAGUAUUGACCUUUUGGUCAAAUACGGAGCUUCUUUCCAAGUCAGGAAUAAGAUGCGCAAAACUCCAGUCCAGAUGGCCGAAAGACGAGGAGUGUCCUUUGAAGUUUUACACCAUCUGAGAAAAUUAGCAGAAUUAGAGGAUUGUGAUAAUGUCGUGGUCGCCAACACUUCUGAAAGGAAUUAUUAUGGCCAGACCAUUUUCAUGGAUUUUUGUAACAGCGUCGGGUUAAAAGUUUUCACGCUGGUCAUUCUAGUUUUGCUUGUAUGCUCUUUAUAUGUGGCAUACAUGAUCACCGGAUUUGCUUCCACUGAGAAACGUAUCCUUAUUGACUCCACAAGCAGCAGAAUCGAACUUUAG